AUGGCGCCCCAAAGCAGCUGCCGAGGCCGCGAGGACCAAACCCUAGCGUCCUCCGCUGCCGCUUCCCCUCGCCCCCCGGCGUUGGCGCCUGCGUCGGUGGUGGAGACGAAGACGAUGACAACGGUCGCCGACCUCACGGACGUCGUCCUCCAGGACAUCCUCCGCCGCCUCACCCCCGCCGACCUCCUCCGCGCGGCGCUCGCCUGCCACCGCUGGCGCCGCGCCGCCACCCGCGUCCUCCCACGCGUGCCGCCCCUCCUCGGCUACUUCUUCCACCCCAAGAACCCCUCAAGCCGCCCCCAAGCCGACGACGUCCACCUCGGUCUCGUCCUCGUCCUCCCUCAUUCGCGCCCCAAGUCGCUCCUGCCCCGCAUCCUCGUCGUCGACCCGGCGUCGCGCCGCCGCGUCCUGCUCCCGCCGCCACCGCGCGAGGUGCUGCCAGCCGAUGGCUGGCGCCGCGACAGGUGCAUCAUCGGCGUCGCCGUUCUCACGCGCGCGCACCCUAGCAGGCUCACCUUCGACGCCGUCUGCCUCACCAUCGACGGCGACCGCCCGCGCGCCUGGGUCGCGUCCGUCCGCGAAGGCAACUGCUCCUGGCGCGCGCUGCCGAGGGCCGAGGGGGUCGUCGUGGACUUCGACCCGUGGUGGUUCGAGGCCCGCUGCGUCCUCGCCGCUGGGAACAUCUACUGGCACAUCUGCAACUCCAGCCGCUUACUCCAGCUGGAUCCUUGCACGCUGGACUUCUCGUUCAUGCCCGUGCCUGCCGUCCUGGGGGAUCGCUUCAAGAAGUACCGCAUCGGAGAGAUGCCGGAGGACGGUCGUCUGUGCAUGGCAUCGAUCGUUCACGAAGAGAGUCUGCAGAUUUGGGUGCGUGGAGAGGCCAGGAGGAGUGACAGGGGGUGGUUGCUGGAGAGGGAGAUUUGCAUGACCAAAGUGCUCGAAACCGUGCCUGGGCUACCCAAGAACAGCAUGAUGCGGAUGCUUUGCACCUGGCUCAGCGACAUGGACUACGCUCGCACCGGGAAGGUGUUCAUCUGUACAUGGGGAUAUGGGCGCUACGCGUUCCAUCUGGAGACCGGCAAGCUGGAGCGUUUGGUGAUGAAAGAUGGCAAGGAGCACGGAGACCCUAUCUAUGCCUACACCUUGGCCUGGCUGCCUGAGUUCCUCACUCCAAGUCUCCAAGAAACUGACUUUCCUGUAAUUUCCAUUCCAUAG